AAGCGUCAGUGCUCAAUUCCGUUUGCUGAGAGUCGGUGUGUUGUGUGUCUGUGUGUUUUUAAAAAGUAAUGGAUGAUAUGCGUCAAUUCGACUGGUCAUGUUCUAUUUUGCUUACAACUGAGUGCAGAGCUGUUUCUGUUGAUUUACCUGUGCAGUAAGCGUGUUGAUUCUGGUUUAUGGGAUAUAUUGUCCCCCGGAUUAAUUAUCUUCGUUCGCAUAGAGAAGUAAGCACAGUAAGGUCCUUACACCCGCAGGCAAGGCGGUCAAUAUUUCAAGCGACAUUCCCAGGAGAAACGAAAAAUUAUACAGAAUGUCUACGAACUAUAGAAACCUUUAUGUGCCGGGGUACAGUGCAUCUGGAAGCUUUCCACAUCAUCCACGCUUAUCAAGAAUAAGCAAAUGCGACCAAUUCCGGUGCGUGAAAAUACUGGCUUCAUCAAACCCUGAAGUUCUGCCGCGCAUGAUUGUCCCAGCACCCAAUGAGAUCGACUUUCAGAUUUAUCAAAUGAUCGAAGAAGAAUAUAAACAGGAGAAAGCUGACUACGCCGCGUGGGUCAAAGAGCUGUGGGCAGAAAUGCACUUUGGAAAAGCUUUAGCUAUACAUCCUUAUGUGAAAGUGGUAUACGACACGUAUUUUAAAAUGCGGCUCAAUGAACUCAGUUCGUAUCCCAUUGAUGAUGAUGUAUUUGAAACUAUAUCCAUAAAGCUAACAACAAAUAGAUCCUGUAUGAGAUUGAGAAGUAUUAUUAAAAGCGUGGACAUCGGUGCAUUGCCUACAAUUGAAUGUCCUGACCUCAGCGAAAGGUUUAACAUCAUGGAAUAUCAUAAAGUGCCAAGACCGUCCCCAGACAAAUUAAUGAAGUUCCAAUUGCCUAAUGACGAAUCAAUAAAAACAAUGCCGUAUCCUGAUGUUCUAAUGCACCUUGCAAAGUUUGCUCAUGAGAACGCUAAAAUAAACUAUGUGGCAAGUGAAAACGCACUGAAAUGCUUGGUUGAGUCCAACCGAUCCUGGAAUCUAUGUAUCGCUGUGAUGAGUAGCGCCAAAUGCGAUACAUGUGAUGGAAAAAACGUGGUGGUUUUGGGAAGCGAAUUCUCUAUGCGGCCGGAGGAACCUAUCCAGAAGACCCAACAGGCAUCCAGACACAUGCUUCUGCAAAGCCUUUUAGCAAAUUCAAACACCAAUGAGUAUCGCGAGCAGGUGGAAGACAGACGACGACGGGAUGAUUCUGCAGAUGUUGAAUUUGACAGCAGCAGUGUGGAGUACGUGCCUCCAUCACCAAAUGACGCCGACGAGGAAAUGCCGACUUUAUAUAGACGUCUCCCCGCCGAUUUCCCACCCUUCCUUCCAGUUAACCGCCAAAUAAAUACUCCACCAAAUAGAGAACAGGAAGAUGUGAAUCGUAGAGAGAAUAUUGAGGAAAUAUCUUCCGAAAGUUCCAGUGAAGAAUUUGACAACAGCAGUGUGGAGUACGUGCCUCAAUCACUAAAUGACGCCGACGAGGAAAUGCCGACUUUACAUAGCCGUCUCCCCACCGAUUUCCCACCCUUCCUUCCAGUUAACCGCCAAAUAAAUACUCCACCAAAUACAGAACAGGAAGAUGGGAGUCGUAGAGAGCGUCGUGAGGAAUACAAUACUGAAAGUUGGACUGAUGAUGAAGACACACUAUUCAAAAACCCUCCACCCAGGUCGUUCAAAGAAUGGGAAUUUAUAAAUGAGACAGGCGAUGUAUUCAAUUUACUUGUACAUUGCCCACAUAAAGCUCGGGACGAAAAUGGUGAAGUGUUGGUAGAACCAAUAAUAGAGCAUCAGCUUGCUUUCGGUGGUUGUGCACAGUCGCCUGAAAAAAUAAGGAGUUUGGCACUCUCACUGUAUUUGAGGGAAAACGCCUCUUUGCUCACCGCGCGAAUUGACGCAGCGACGGGCGACGUGGUUACUAUUGAUACAAUUAGCAAGGACGUUUUUUUGGAAAAUAAUUACAACGCUAUAGGUGAAGUAGCUAAUUUAAUACAAGAAACGUUCAAAGCAUUAAGCGGACUUACACCCGGGUACUACAUAAUGACACAUGCGCAAAAGGACGGCCCUGAAGUGGCCCUAUACCAAGUUGAUAAUUCAGUCCUAGCCAAUGCAGAAUCGGCCGCUAUCUAUCCGCUGCAUGCCGAAAUAGAGAGAGCCCAAAUUAACCCUAUGAGUGUAGUGCCAACAAUAUGUGACGUAUUUUUACCAUAUCACAAGUAUAAUAGAGUCCUGCCAUGCACCUUCACAACUGAAGAAAAUGAGUUAAAUGAUACGGCCCGCACGGCACUAUUGCGAGAGAGGCUGGCUGCGUGCCGGAAUUUUGGAGCGGGGGGUCGAACAAUGGAAUUUCCCCGGAAUGUCAGUAUAAGACAGGUGCGACCUACUUUUCCUCGAGGCCCUCCUCGGGGCCGCUUCUCUCGAAUGCGUGCGUCUAAGCGGUUCCCCUCCUCAGGCUACUACAGGCCCGCAUACGGCCUGCGCCAACCGCGUGCCCCACCGCCAUUUACCGCUCGACCUCGGAUGCAGCCCCCAGGCUCACGUGACUUCCAGAACCCGCGCUACCGCCAGCCAUAUCACUCGCAAGACCAAUAUCGCUGGGUAAACCCAAACGUGCAAGAACAAUAUCGCCCGCGUCAUCCACACCAUUGGUCAAAUCGCUCACAAAAUCCACAUAACCGCAAAGGACCGCGCAAAGAAUAAGAUAAACGCUACGUCCCGAAUAUGAAGUCUAAUAGUUUAGGCUUGUUUAUAAAGCUGCGUAUACGCAGCUCAACGUAUCAGCACCGCUUUGUAGCAAGCUGCAAAAGUAUAAGAGAAUUUUCACCGGGAAGUUAUAAUGAUGGGCAUUAGUAGUUAUAAACCAUAUAUUCCGAACACAACUAUUAUUAAGCGUUGGAGCAUUGAUACACUCCGACCUUCCUCGGAAAAUGUUUACAAAUGCGUCUAUUUAAUUACGAUUUUAAAUAUUAUUCGUGUGUCUGAUUUAACGUGCUUAAAAGCUCAUUUAGGCCUACUGGCAUCCAUGAGGAUUUCCUCCUUAAAAAAAACAUAGAGGAUUAUCGGAAGUCCGAAGGGCUGAUUAUAAUCAAAUAGUAAGUGAUAUAUUAUAAUAAGUAUUUAAUUAUUGUAGAUAUCGGUGGGUAGCUUGCUAUUACUAGUAUUUUAGCAUAUCACCAUAAUUGGCUAAAAUUCCCCUGGUUUCUGUCAGCAACACUCAUGCUAUUAUUAAAGAUAUUAAAGAUACAUGAGAAUUGAGUUGAUCUGCUCAUCUCAUUUUAAGGAUUUCUGUAGAUAAGUACGUAUUAACUGUGUAUUAGAAAUAAUUAUGUUUGUUAUUAAAUAACUGUAAGUGGACUAAAUCCCGGUUUCACUCACAACGAAUAAGGCAAAUGCCUCGAUAAGUAGCGCCUAAUCUAAGAAGAUUCCUAGGCAUACAUCAGCUUUUCACCAAUAGUUAUCACUAAGAGUAGAUGUAACGUUUUUGUCUAUAUUUAGGCCAUUCCUAGCGAAUAGGCGAAGCGGCCCGCUAUAUAUUAAGCCAUCAGUACCUAGGUACUUUGAAUUACCUGCUUGUAAAAUUAAUAUGUAAGAUGUUCUAUGAAAGUAUUUUAUGUGGAAAUUGUAUGUGUCAAAUUAUAAUAUCAAUGAAAUAAAUGUAUUGGAACCA